AUGGCAAUUGGCUACAAUAGCUGCAAUGACACUAUUGUGGAGAAUAUGGUGUCGGUGGAGCAGCCACACAACAUGAUUGGAGCCCUUCACAAGUGUCGCACUGAUGAGAUCAAGCUGCUCCUCUUCGGCGGUUCUCCCUCCUAUGGCGACGGCGGCGGCUACGGAAACCCCUCGGGCCCUACUGGACCUUCGUCCUGGCGGUAA